AUGGACAGCCCAGGGAGCGUGCGGGAGUACGUCGUCAUUCUUGACGCCGGCUCUCAAUACGGCAAAGUGAUUGACAGGAAAAUUCGCGAACUGAAUGUGGAAUCGCGUGUUAUGCCUCUCAGCACCCCAACCGAAGUUCUCCGCGGCGACCAUGCCAUAAAAGGCAUCAUCAUAAGCGGCGGCCCAAGCUCCAUAUACGACGACGAUGCUCCCAAAUUCAACGCUGAUCUCUUUGAGGUGGGUAAGCCUCUGCUUGGCAUAUGUUAUGGGAUGCAGCUUUUGGCACGGACUUUCGGGGGAAGCGUUGGCCGAGCAGCCGUGCGAGAGGACGGGCAGGACGAAAUAUGGAUGGAUUUAUCGUCUCCACUCUUUAAAGGCCUGGGUUUAGGAGAAAAAGUUCUACUGACGCAUGGUGACUCGAUCACGGACUCUGGACCGCAGCUGAAGGUCGUAGCACGCAGCAGUGCAAAUAUCGUCGCUGCUGUUCAGCAUCAGCAACUUCCUUUGUUUGGUGUGCAAUUUCAUCCAGAAGUGGAGCUGACAGAGCAUGGGAUGCAAAUAUUCAAGAAUUUUCUGACUCUUUGUGGUUGCCACUUUAACUUCACCAUGGAGGACCGGGAGAUGGUUGCGCUUCGCAUGAUUCGUGAACGCACUGCUCAAGGACAAAAGGUAUUGUGCCUAGCAUCUGGUGGAGUUGACAGCACCGUGUGUGCGGUGCUGCUGUUGAAGGCUCUCGGACCUGAGCGGGUGGUGUGUGUACACAUUGAUCACGGGUUUAUGCGUCUCAGAGAGACUGAAGAAGUUGUGGCCGCUUUGAGGGAGGCCGGGGUGUCUGUGGUUGUCGUGCAUGCCCGUGCGCAAUUUGCAGAAGCGACGACUGAAAUGCCCGCCAGGCGCAAAUGUGCGCCGUAUAGAACGAGGAAACUCUGUGAGGUGACAGAUCCUGAGGAAAAACGUGUGAUAAUUGGCAAUACAUUUAUGUCUGUGUGCGAUACCGUUAUUCGAGAUCUUCAAUUGGAUGUGAAUAAUCUGCUGCUUGCCCAAGGCACGCUACGCCCCGACCUCAUCGAGUCCGGUUCAUCGUACGCCAGUCUUACAGCGGAUGCCAUUAAAACACAUCAUAAUGAUACCGCUCUUGUUCGUCAGUUGCGUGAUGCUGGACGAAUUAUAGAGCCCCUUUGCGACUAUCACAAGGAUGAGGUACGGGAGUUGGGUGUGCGGCUUGGCAUUCCACCGAAUUUGGUGCAGCGGCAGCCUUUCCCUGGGCCUGGUUUGGCCAUCCGCGUCCUAUGCAGCAACGGGACCCCGUACAAAGACGAAUUUUAUCAGUCAACACAUGAAAUUUUGAAGGCACUCUGCAGGGGAGACACAAGUAUUGAGCUGGCAAGGCCACUUGGCGAGGCCCUGAGGGAUCUUCAACCGGCUUCUUGCGUUCUGCCAGUGCGCACUGUUGGUGUGCAGGGUGAUGGCAGAACGUACGCCUAUGCUGUGGCUAUUUCUACCGGUCGAUUUCCGGUGGAAGCGGAGUGGAAGGCACUCAGUCGUUUGGCACUUGCUAUCCCAAAGGUUGCGCAGCAUGUGAACCGCGUGGUGUUUAUGUUUGGACCGAAAAAGGAGGAUUCUCCGCAUAGUGUCACGAAGACGACACUGAUUCCCACUACUCUCGACAGAUUACGUAUUGCAGACGAAAUUGUGAACUCCACGUUACUCAAAUACGACCUUGUGCGUCGGCUGAGCCAAGUCCCUGUGGUUCUCAUACCUCUUGGGUUUGAGGAAAAAGGUCAAUACAGCGUUGUGGUACGCACCUUUGUUACAAACGACUUCAUGACGGGCGUUCCGGCGCUUCCCGGGACACCACUGAUGCCACUGGCCGCCUUGGAAGAAAUGGUGAAUUCUUUGCAGCAGCUGGAUUUUUUAUCCCGUGUCAUGUAUGAUCUUACGGCGAAACCACCUGGAACGACAGAAUGGGAAUAA